GGCGGGGAAGGAGAAAGAAAAAUCGCAUCAGGCACCGUCGGUCUCUCCCUCUCUUGGAGGCCUCGUUUUAGUGAUGCUUUUGAAGGAUCCUUCGUUUCUUCUCUGAUUGUUUGAUCAUUUGUUUAUUGGCUUCCGCAUUUCUCCACCCCCCUUUUUUUUUUCUAAAUCCUGCCAUUGAUUCGGCUCGAUUCUUCCAACCGGAGAGAGGGAAGGAGGACGAUUGCUUUCUGAGGAUUCGAACCAGCUACUUAGAGGCCCUUUCCUGUUGAUCAAGUGACCUCUGGAUUCACCAUUCUCGAGUCUGGUCUAGAUGUGUGCUUCGAUUUAUAAGGGGACCUUCUUGGAUUGCUAGUGCUAAAGGGGAAGGAUAUCAUCAAUGGAGGUUGACGACGCUGUGUCAGAUUCUGAAAUGAAGGUGAAUCACACGAGCGGCAUCAAUGGUAACGUCUCAGGCAAUGGGAAAGUUAUGGAGAUGGAAGGUGGACAAGGAAGUUCGGCCAUCAAACGUCCAAAUGGGAAAUCAGAAAACAUGACCGACCGGAAAGCAGGAGCUACUGAUGCUUCAGGCGUUAAGAAAUCGAGCCCUGCUAAGAAACUUGGAAAAUCUGUCUCAACGUUGUCCACCUCCAAGGUUUUACAACCCGAUGGCUCCAAAGAACAGACCAAGUUGAAGCCCUUAAAACAAGGGUCACCUUUCAAAGUUGAAGAAGAUGCAGAGUCUUCAUCAUCGUACCUCAACAAUGAAGGUUCUAAACCUCGGAGAGUUAGCACUACUCCCUCAUAUAGUUUCAAUUUUAAAUGUAAUGAGAGAGCUGAGAAAAGAAAGGAGUUCUAUUCAAAACUUGAGGAAAAGAACCAUGCAAAGGAAGCUGAAAGGAGUUCCCUGCAAGCCAAAUGCAAGGAGACUCAGGAAGCAGAGAUUAAGAUGCUUAGGAAGAGCAUGAUAUUCAAAGCAACUCCAAUGCCAAGUUUCUACCAGGAACCACCUCCUCCAAAAGUUGAACUGAAGAAGAUACCACCAACACGACCAAGAUCACCAAAGUUAGGCCGGCACAAGAGUUUUAAUGAAGCAGGUGAUGAUGAUGGGAAUGCAGUUCAGUCUUGCACGGUGGAACGCCUGAGCCUGGACGAGACCAAGACAGCUAAUGGUAGCCUCCACAUAGGGAAAGAUUCCAAGAGGCCACAACGAAGAUCUCUCCCGAGACUUCCUUCAGAGAAAACACAUGAUAUCAAGCAUGAUACUGAUUCAACAAAUCACUCGUCUAAUCUGGAGCACAUGGAUUCUGUUGUGGUUGCCACAACUGAAAGCGAAGCAUUUGAUCCUGUUGUCCAAACCCGACCUGAAAUGGAGCAGGAAUAGAAGGCAGAAUCAAAGCUAGAGCUGGAGCCUGUGCUGAAUUCAGAGCUAUGAUAUGCGAGAUUACAAAUGAGCACCUGAAAACAUGAGGAAGAAACUACCGCUACAAUCUUACAUAUAUGAAGGGCGCAAUACCAGUAAUCUUAAUGACAGGAAAGGCAAGAAUGUCUGUUGUAUUAUAUUCAUAAUCCACAAAUACCUACCCUCGGUUUUCUAGUGAGCUUUUCUCCGUUCACUUUUUGUAAUACCAAUUUGGUAAGCAGCACUCACGAUUAAUUCCCAAUUUGCAGGAAUGUUAUAAUAUUCAUGGUGGCUUUGUCCGUUA